AUGACGCCUCCCAGGCAGCCUGCAAAGCGCAAACAAAGCACACUCGAUGCACCAGUAUCCCCACCGCCCUUGCGACGCAAAGUCCAGUCUACAACUACGCAGACUGCUGUAGCCUCGUUCUUCACUCCCGCCUCGCAAAAGCCCCCCGAAAAGGUUGUCUGGCAGGAACGAGCGCCGAAUGAUGAUACGCCCAACACACUUCUCGUUGGCAAAUAUGAGCCUGCAAAUGACCCUGUCUCAACACCGAAUGAGCAUGAGAGCGGGAGGAAAAAACUAGCUGCUUUCGAUUUCGACUCUACCCUCAUUGAAACCGCGUCCGGGAAGAAGUUUGCCUCUGAUAGCCAAGAUUGGAAGUGGUGGCAUCCUUCCGUGCCUGGGAAGCUCCGAAAGAUGCAUCUCGAGGAUGGAUACAGGAUUGUGGUCGUCAGUAACCAAGGUGGGGUAUCUCUAAAGCCCAAUACGAAAGCACCUAAAACACAAACAUCUAAGGUGGCGUCGUUCAAGGAAAAGGUUUCGGCAGUUUUCAAUCAGCUGGACAUUCCGAUGAGCAUCUACGCGGCUACGGAAAAGGACAUUUUUCGGAAGCCUAGGACAGGAAUGUGGGCCGAAGUACUCGACGACUAUGAUAUCCAGCCUGAUCUCGAGCAAUGCAUCUUUGUGGGUGACGCUGGAGGUCGUCACGCGGAGGGAAGGAAGCCGAAGGAUUUUUCAUGUUCCGAUCGGAAUUUCGCGGAGAACAUCGGUAUCAAGUUUCAAACCCCGGAAGAGUUCUUUCUUAGUGAGGCCCCGAGGCCGUUCACUCGUAUAUUCGAGCCUUCGGAUUAUCUUCCCGAGUCUGCGGCUGAAGCAAUUGCACCAUUCGUCAAAAAGAACGAUAUCGAUAUCGUUAUCUUCUGCGGGAGCCCAGGUGCAGGGAAAUCAACUUUCUACUGGAAGUUUCUGAAACCGCUCGGGUACGCAAGAGUCAAUCAGGACAUUUUAAAAACGCGAGCAAAAUGUUUCAAAGUUGCGGGAGACUACUUGAGCGAACAAAAGUCAGUCGUCGUUGACAACACCAACGCGGAUAUCGAAGUUCGCAGCAAGUGGAUUGAACUGGCUGCAAAAUAUUCCGUACCGAUCCGUUGUGUCUUGUUCACAGCAGCAGCACAGAUCUGCGAGCAUAAUGAUGCCGUGCGAGCGUUAAACAACACUAUGAACCCUGAGGAACGGCAGAUUCUUCCUGGAAUUGCAUUCAGUAGCUUCAAGGGUCGGUACAAGCCUCCUAAAGUAAGCGAAGGGUUCCAGGAUAUAAUAGAAAUUCCCUUCAAGUUCGAAGGUACUGAAGCUGAACGGGCAAUAUGGCUUCGACAUUGGAUAUGA